CCCCACUUGCCUUGAAAUUAUUCGUUGUAUUUGUCGUGCAAUUUAACAUCAGACAGACACAAAAUCAUGUAUGUUCUACUUGUAAGUUAUUUUUUCAUCGCAAGUUGUGCCCAAGACGAUGCUUUGAAAAACACACUAAAAACACUAUCAGACAAUUUGGAAAAACUGGAGCCACAAAUUAUUUCAACGGCUACAUCUCUGGCUAAAAUUGACUGUAAUAUUAAUAAUUUGCAAGAACGGGCCCACGUUUGGGACACUUUUCAGUUGCAUGUUUCAGCAUGGAACGAGCAAUUGGCGAUUCUAGACCGCAAAAUUGAUAUUUUGAACAAAGGCCAAGAAAAACUGUUUGAGUUAGAGUCAAAACUGGGCGCUUUGACCAACAUUGAGUAUAAAAUUGAUGAAACCCUCUCCUUGCUAAAAAGCAAAACUAGGGAUGUUCAUUUGGGCGAAAAAUUAGAAAAGAUGCUUUCGCGCCAAAAAGUUCUAAUCAAAAUUGAAGGUGGCAACACAAAACCUAAAUUGAUAAUGAAAUGUAAAGCCCCACGACUGGUUGAAGAGUUCUUGAAGGAUAUUUCGUCCAAGGUGGACAUAAUUUUUGACAAAGUUGUUGAAGGCGAUGAUUAUGAGGCAAAGCCUCUACGGACACCAAGAGAAGUAUCCCAAAAUCGUAACAUUCAAGAGAAAUUGCUUGAGAAAGUGUUAGAUAUUGAAAAUAUCUCCUUGACUAUUUUAAAACGUGUAGAGAAAAAUUGUGGCAACUCGUUUGAUACGUUCCAUCGUAGUUUUAAAUCGGGCUGUGACGAGUUAAACAACGCGUACACUAGUGGUGUUUACGUUUUUGGAAAUUUGAGCGAAAAUAAUUACAACAGAAGGUUUUGCGAGAUUCGUGAAGAUGUGUGGACUGUGAUCCAACGGCGCAAUAAUUUUUCGUCCCUUCAAAAUUUUAAUUUGAGUUGGAAUGACUACAAGUACGGUUUUGGGGACCUAACAAAAGACUUUUGGUUCGGAAAUGAUUUCAUUAGCAAACUCACAAACGAGAAGUCUUUAAUCUUAAGAAUCGAGUUGGAAGAUUUUGAUGGAAAUCACGUCUGGGCCGAAUAUUCGAAAUUUUUGGUACUACCUGAAGAAAACAACUACCGUGUGAUUAUUGGGAAAUACAGGGGAAACUCUUCUGAUUCAUUUUCAAGCCAUAAUGGCUCUUUUUUCAGCACGUUUGAUAGAAAGAACGAUGAGGCACCUGAUUGUUGCCCUUGUGCGGUGUCUUACGGGGGAGGCUGGUGGUUUAAUAGCUGUUUUGAGUCAAAUUUAAACGGUGUGUACCACAGAGCAGGAGUGGAUAAUGGCCAUUUCGGUGGCAUCAUUUGGGAGAAAUGGUUGGGUGACUAUUCCUUGAAAAAAACUUUAAUGAUGGUGAAACCAGUCACAUCAUGGCCUUGAUCAAUAAAAAUUUAAACAAUGA